AGAAAAAAUAAAAUAAAAUUGAUGUCUUGGGCUGUCGUUUGGCUUUCGCUGUCCUCCGGCAUCAUUUCGAGUAGACGGCGCCGUUUUGACCUCAAUGGCCGCGCUUCUUCCAUGAGUCCAUCGAUGCUCCCUUUCUCAAUAUGACUGAUCGCCAGGUGUUGCUUUUUGGAUCAUUUACAGAAGAUGAGAUCAGAUUGAUGCAAUGCCAACUACAACAAAAUGAUGUAGGAAUCAAAUUUGGUUCCAUUGACUCAGAAGAUUUAAGAUCCGCAGGCUUUUUCCAUACUAGAGCAGCAGAUCUUUGUUCCUGCAAAGGAUCUCAGCUCCCUGAGCCAGCUGAUGCACAGAACCAUGUGAGGCUUAAGAGGGUUGAUGAUACGGCAUCAGAUUCCAGAGUUAAUUUAUCUGAAGAAAAUGGAUUCAUUGGUAGCGAUAUGCUUCCUAAAAACAAUGGUGUUGGAUUCUUUGAGGAUUAUGGAUUAUCCAAAAACUCAACUUUUGAGCAGCCCGGCAUCCCUAGUUUACAUGAAUUAUCUUCCUCUGUAGAAGAUGUUGUUUUGGAUGAUUCCUCUAAUGGUGUCCACAUCAUGGACUCCAGCCAACACGUCUUUAAAGAAUCAAACUCAAAAAAUGUUACUCAUAGGAAUUUUCUGCCUUGUGGGUUGGUUAACAUGGGGAACCUAUGUUUUCUCAAUGCCACUCUUCAAGCGCUGCUAUCAUGUUCUCCAUUUUUUGACCUCUUGUUUGAGCUGAAAAACCGUGAUAUACCCAAGAAUGGCUUUCCAACACUAUGUGCGUUUGUUGAUUUCAUCUCCGACUUUGACAUGCUCCCUGAUUCAAUUUGCAAAUUGGAUGGCAAGAAUGUUCUUGGAACCGGAAAGUCAUUUCGUCCAAUCAUGUUUGACUCCAUAUUGAAGAGUUUCACUCCGGAUAUUCCUGACAACUUAUCUGGCAGGCCUAGGCAAGAAGAUGCUCAGGAAUUUCUAAGCUUUGUGAUGCAUCAGAUGCAUGAUGAAUUGCUUAAACUAGAUUGUAAAGUUUCCAAUCAAAAUGGUAAAACUGCAUCAUUGGUCUCAUCAACAGAUGAUGAAAGUGAUGAUGAUAACUGGGAGACUGUUGGCCCAAAAAACAAAUCUGCCAUCACAAGAACUCAGAGUUUCACACCAUCAAUGUUGAGUGCCAUUUUCGGUGGUCAAUUAAGGAGUGUUGUCAAAGCAAGAGGGAAUAAGGCAUCCGCUACAAUACAGCCAUUUCUCCUGCUCCAUCUUAACAUAUGUCCUGAGCCUGUUUAUACAAUAGAAGAUGCACUUCGGCUGUUUUCUGCACCAGAAACACUUGAAGGUUACCGAACAUCAGCUGCUGGAAAGGCUGAGGUGGUCACUGCGAGUAAAUCCAUUAAGAUUUUGGAGCUUUCUGAGAUAUUGGUUUUGCACUUGAUGCGUUUUAGCUAUGAGAGCCGAGGAAGUACCAAAUUGCAUAAAUCGGUGCAUUUUCCACUGGAGCUUGUUGUUGGCCGCGAUUUGCUUGCCUCUCCGUCCUCUGAGGGUAGAAGAUACGUACUCGUGGCUACAAUCACUCAUCAUGGAAGGGACCCCUCAAAGGGCCACUACACAGCCGACGCCCGCCACCCAAGCGGCGAAUGGCUGCGCUACGAUGAUGCUUCUGUGACACCCAUUCCUGAGAGCGAGGUGCUGCACGAUCAAGCGUACGUCCUCUUUUACAAACAAAUGUAGCUAAGUAGUGUAUCCGGAAUUAUCUUAUCCGAUUCAUGUACAUGUACGCUGUUACGAGAUUUGACACAUGAGUAUAGAUUCCUGGCUUAUUUUAUGACAAUAGUUAGUCGCCAUCAGUCUCCGCCCUGUCCGUCCCCCCCGGACAACUCAACUCGGUGAAGCUGGUACUCCGAAAACCGGUUGGGUGUUGAUGGCGAAUGUGGUGAUACAAACUGAUAUACCUGCCAAAAAUUCAGGUGAGAAUUCCUCUUCCAAAAUCUCUUCAUUUGAUUCCGGGAAAUAGAAUGCAUGAUAAAUGUGCAUUUUUAUUUUUAGUAUAGGUGUAGUUUGGAAUUCUGGAAAGAAAUCUUACAUAUUUUUCACUUUGUGAUAUUGAUAGUUGAUUUUAUGAAACUAGUUGUAUUUUAUAUUAUUUGAAUUUUUUGGUAAUCUUGAAUGAAAAGUAUGAAAAUGCUGUGGUAAUUAUUUGAUGGU